CAGGAGCCCGAGGUCGGCGCGAAAGAUGCCGCUGGGGCUGAGGAACAAGAAGAAGGACAAGUCCAAGGAGACCUUCAAGCUGGUGGAGAGCGAGGCGGCGGCCCCGGCCCCCGCGGCGGCCCCGGCGCCGUCGGCCGGCGCGUCGCGGCUGCAGUUCCACACGCAGCUGGCGCACGGCAGCCCCACGGGCCGCGUGGAAGGCUUCAGCAGCGCCCGCGAGCUGUACGGCCGGAUCGGAGAGGCGUUCGGCAUCCACCCCGCCCAGAUCAUGUUUUGCACUUUGAACACUCAUAAAGUGGAUAUGGACAAGCUCUUAGGUGCACAAAUUGGCCUUGAAGAUUUCAUAUUUGCCCAUGUGAAAGGACAACGAAAAGAAGUGGAAGUUCUUAAAACUGAUGAUAUGCUGGGGCUUACCAUUACAGACAAUGGAACUGGCUGUGCCUUUAUAAAGCGAAUCAAAGAAGGCAGCCUUAUGGACCAAACCAAAACCGUCUGUGUGGGCGAUCACAUAGAGACCAUAAAUGGAAAAAAUGUGUCAGAGUAUCGGCAUUAUGAAGUUGCCAAAAUGCUGAAAGAUCUGGAGAAAGGUCAGAAGUUUAAGCUGGAGUUGGUAGAGCCUUUGAAAGCAUUUGAGAAGCUGGAACCAAGGUCCAAAGGCAGAACUGUGCCAGAGGCUAAAAUCUCCAAAGGGAGAGAAACACUUCGCCUGAGAACCAAAGGCCCUGCUACUGUGGAGGAAGUGCCAACUGAAGUUGAAGAAAAAGCAAUUAAAAAAGUGGAUGAGCUUCUUGAAACAUACAUGGGCAUAAGAGAUAUUGAAUUAGCUGCAACAAUUGUGGAAGCUGGAAGAGACAAGAAAAAUCCAGAUGAAUUCGCAGUGGCAUUGGAUGAAACUCUUGGAGACUUUGCAUUUCCAGAUGAGUUUGUAUUUGAUGUAUGGGGAGCAAUAGGUGAUGCUAAACAAGGACGACUGGAAUGAGAACUGUGCCGUUUAUCAAUCCCUGUUUGAAAAUAUAAAAUUAUUUGCAAAUGCAUCAGAAUUUUAAUAAUUUUAUUGAUGUGAAUUCAGGGUUCUCUGCACUGAGACUUUCCUUUGCAAAGGAAGGCUUCUGAUAGAAAUGAAGGUAAACCCAAACUUCUGACAACUGUUAUUUAAAACAUUUAAUUUACAUAUAGAAAUCACUGUGAGGAGAGUGUCAAGGUGAUAUUUUUAUACAGAAAUUUUCUGAAAACUAGGUAAUUUUUAUUGUACAUACACUUUGACACCAAUAUUCUGAAAAGUGUUAGACAUAUGCAACAAGGAAUUUGGAUUAUUUUCUCUCUUUAUAAAGUUGUUGAGAAACUACUUAGCUUCAAGCUGCAGUUCCCUGGUUUUCU